AUGGCUUCGCCUUCCAACGUAACGUUUCCUGGAAGGAUGCUGACAGACCCUAAAAGUAGGGGAAACAUGGCCUUUCUAGAUAUGUCUCUAGAUGACAUUAUAAUGCAUAGAAAGAUAGGAAAUACAAGCACUGAAGAAGGAGGGAAUGAAACACAGAACUGUGGAAAAAUGCACUCAGUUUCAAGAGGGCGAUCAAAUGCUCCUGGGCAUCACCGGGAGAAAGAUGAUAUUGAAGAAAGAAAUCAUGGUAAAAAACCAUACCAAGAAUCUUCUGGAUUCAAGUCUGGACAAAGCCCUUUAAACAGGCAGCCUUUAAUUAAGCAGGAGAAGUGCAAUGACCAGUCUAAGACCCAAGCAGAGAGGAAUGGAGGCCAAUCAGAGGAGAAAAGAUCUCAAGACCAACUGGAAGAAAAUCGACACCAUUCAGAGAGAUCUCAGGGCCACUCAGAGAGAUCUCAUUGUCAAUCUAAGAGGUCUCAAGGGCAAUUAGAGAGAUCUUAUGGCCAAUCAGAGAGAUUUCAUGGCCAAUCAGAGAGAUCUCGUGGCCACACAGAAAGAUCUCAUGGCCAAUCAGGGAGAUUUCAUGUUCGAUCAGAGAGAUCGCAUGACCAAUUAGAAGAUCUUGUGGCCAUUCAGAGAGAUUUCAUGGUCACUCAGGGAGAUCUCAUGACCACUCAAAGAGAUCUCAUGUCCUAUCAGAGAGAUCUUAUAGCCAAUCAGGGAGAUCUCAUGGUCAGUCAGAGAGAUCUCAUGGCCAAUCAGGGAGAUAUCGAAGAUACUCACCAGCAGGAAGAUUCAGAGCAUCACCCCAAAAGGAGUCUGAAUUUGAGAGGUAAAAACAUAAUGAAUACUUAA